UCSGCCACUGGGAGCGCGGUGUGGGCGGGGCGGCGGCGGCGUACGGCGCGCCGGAAGCGGCCGGUCUGGGAAAAUGGCGCCGAGCUCGAAAGCAGAGCGGGGCGGCCCCGGGGGAAAGCGGGGGGCGGCGGGAGGGGCUGGGCCCGGGGCCGCUCCCCGAGGCCGCCGCGAGCACCUCGUGAGGCAGCUCGACCGUGUUCGGCUCAAUGGGCAGCUCUCCCCCCGGCUGUUCCGGAAGCUUCCGCCACGCGUCUGCGUCACCCUCAAGAGCAUCGUGGAUGAGGAGUUUCUGUGGGCAGGCCACAUCUUCCUGGGUUUCUCCAAGUGUGGCCGCUACGUCCUGUCCUACACCAGCAGCUCUGGGGAUGACGACUUCUCCUUCUACCUGUACCACCUGUACUGGUGGGAGUUCAAUGUGCACAGCAAGCUGCGCCUGGUGCGCCAGGUGCGGCUGUUUCAGGACGAGGAGAUUUACAGCGACCUUUACCUCACUGUGUGCGAGUGGCCGGGGGACAGUGACAAGGUCAUCGUCUUCGGCUUCAACACGCGCUCGGCCCCGGGGCUGCAGAUGAACAUGAUGCUGAUGAGCGACGAGAACCACCGGGACAUCUACGUGAGCGCCGUGGCCGUGCCCCCGCCCCGGCACUGCCCCGCGUGCCGCCGGGCCAGCGCCGCCCCUGGUGACGCCUCCCCCGCCUGCCUGCGCCACGGCUUCCUGCUGCACACCAAGUUCCAGGUGGUGUAUCCGUUCCCCACCUUCCAGCCGGCGUUCCAGCUGCGCAAGGACCACGUCGUGCUGCUCAACACCAGCUUCUCCCUCGUGGCCUGUGCCAUCGCCGUGCACCCCGCAGGUGACAGCAACUCCCGGCAGAUCCUCUAUGAACGUCGGAACAUUCCAGGCGCCAGCCGGAGGGGGGAAAAUGCCCCUCCCGCAGCCCCCAGGGAGCUGGAGAGGGCUGGGAGAGCCUCCCCGUCCUCGCAGCCCCCCCUGGGACACCCCCAAACCCCAGACCUCACCCCUACACCCCCCUCUCCGGCCGUGGCCAAGGCCAAGGAGUUCGUGGCUGACCUGUUCCGCAGGGCUCAGGGUGCCGGGGGAGGGCCCGGGGGUGCUCACGGGGAGGGAGGGGAUGAACCCCAGCCCCUCCCACGUGGAGCACCCCCCGAGGUUCCCCCACCAGCGCCGGGGAUCCCCCCGGGGGAGCCACAUCCUCCGGGGACCCCCCACGGGACUCCCCCUGAGCCUGGCUACGUCAACUACACCAAACUGCGCUACGUGCUGGAGCCUGGAGAGCCCUCCGAGGACCUGGAGGACGACAAGAUCUCACUGCCCUUUGUGGUGACUGACCUGAGUGGCCGAAGCYUGAGGCCGCUGCGGGACCGAGCCACAGCGCAGGGGCAGUACCUGACAGUGGAGCAGCUCACGCUGGACUUUGAGUACGUCAUUAACGAGGUGAUUCGCAACGAUGCUGCCUGGUCCCACCAGUUCUGCUCCUUCAGUGACUAUGACAUCGUCAUCCUCGAGGUGCUGGGACCUUCUGAGCCCCCAGAGCCCCCGGGACCUCCAGGAUAUCCCAAAUUGCCCAUGCCCCCCUGGCUUGUCUGUCUUGUGCCAUCCCCAGUGCAUCCCAAUGGUGCAGGACCCCCAAAAACUCCUGAGAUACCCGGAAUAUCUGCCCAAGAUUUGCUCAGACCCCCCUGGGAUCCCCCUAAACCCCCCCUUACCCUCUUCCACCCCCCACCCCUGCUGUUGUCUGUGCCCCCAGGUGUGCCCGGAGACCAACCAGGUGGUGAUAAACAUCGGCCUGCUGUUGCUGGCCUUCCCCUCCCCCGACGAGGAGGGGCAGCUCCGGUGAGGGGGGUGGAGGGGUCCCAAAGCCCCUCUGGAAACUCCCCUGGCACUGACCUCCCCCAUCCCCCAGUCCCAGGACCUACCACACGAGCCUCAAGGUUGCCUGGGACCUCAACAGCGGCACCUUUGCCACCGUGGGUGUCGGGGACCUCACUGAGGUCAAGGGGCAGACCAGUGGCAGCGUGUGGAGCUCGUACCGCAAGGGCUGCGUGGACACGGUGAUGCGGUGGCUCGUCCCGGAGGGGCCCGGCCGUGGCGUGCACAGGAUGACCAACGAGGCCCUGCACAAGG